AUGGAAGAAAAUAAAUCGAUAAUUACCACAACCGUUAAAUCUGAUAAACCAAUUGGUUCAUAUGAAAAUGGUGAAUAUUUAUUUUGGAAAGUGUUUAAUAAUAAAUAUUUAUUAAAUUUUAUAAUUUAUAAGAUUCAAACAUCAGAAUGGGAAUACUAUCAAGACCAUUAUCAAAUUCAUGCAGAGAAUAGAUGGAAAUUUAAAGAUGUUUUUUCAUUUGAUUGGCUGAUAAUAAAUCAACAAUUCCCAUUGUUAAAGAAUAAAAUUGAAAAUAAUGAUUUCAUUUUAUUCGAUAAAAAAUCAAUUCAUAUUCUAUUUAAAGAAUUUUCAAUUUUAAGUGGUACUAAAAAAGUUUUACCAAAAUUAGCAAAUAGUUACGAUGAAAAUGGUGAUUAUGGUAAUGCUGAAGAUGGCCAAGAUGAUGAUGAAGAUGAUGAUGAUGACGAAGAUGCUAAAAAUGAAAAUAAUGAAUAUAAAAGAAAAGAUGAAAAAAAAGCAUUAAUUUUAAAAGAAAUUUUAAUUUCAUUAUUAGAAAAAAAAAGAAACCAAUUUGAAAUUUGUGAUCUUACAAAACUAGCAGUUAUUAAUAAUAGUAUUGAAGGUAUUAAAAUAUUAAUUAAUGAGCCAUAUUGUAUCAAUGUUUAUCCAUCAACCAUAGAAUUGGCAUUUGAAAAAUGUGAUUGUGAAAUGAUUAAAACUUUACUAUUAAAUGAAAAUAAAAAUAAUAACAUUUUAAUAAACAAUGAAAUUAAAAAGAAAUCAUUGAAAUUAGCCUCAAAAAAUACUUUUCAUUCAACUUAUAUAAUUCAAUUCUUAUUAGAUAAUCCAAAUUUAUAUAUACCACCACCACCAAUAUCAUUACCACAAUUACAAAAUCCAAGUCCAGUUGAACCAGGUUUGCCAGAAUUAAAUGAUAAUGAUGAUGAUGAUGAUGAUGAUGAUGACGAAGAUGAUAAAAAUAAAAAUAAAACUAAAACAAGGGAAUGUUAUAUUUUAUAUGACUAUUUAAUAUUAAUAUCAAGUUUACAAACUAAAAAGAAAUUAUUAGAUUUAGAUAUUGUUUUAAAAAAUCCACAAGGUUUAAAAGAAAAUUUUAAUAUUACAGAUUCAAUCGAUGACUUGUUAAUUAAAUUAGAGAUUAAUUUAAAAUAUUUCCAUGAUUAUUAUGAUGGCAUUCCAAAGUCAAUUUUAAAAAAGAUUAAUCAAAUUUUAAAUAAUCAAUCAAUCAGCAAAGAGAAACAAUUAAAAAAGAUUCAAAGAUUAGUCAUUUUAGUUUCAGGAGAUUAUACAUUUUAUAGUGGCUAUAUUUUAAAAUAUGAAGAAUCAAUAAAUGAAUUUCAUAAUGAUUCGUAUUAUUCAAAUGAUGACGAUGGUGAUGAUAAUGAUGAUGAUGAUGAUGAUGAUGGUGAAUCAAAAUUAAUAACAUUUUCAAGAUUAAUUUUAUUGAAUGUAUUUUCAUAUCAAUCACAUACAACAAUGGAUAAAUUAAUGAAAAACUUUAAAGAAAAGAAAAUUAAAUGGCAUAAACCACUAUUUAAAUUAAUUGGUUCAGAGAAAAAAACAAUUACAAUUGAUAAAUCAACUUAUGAUUGGAUUAUAGGUACUGAUUGUGAUGAAGUUUUUGAUUAUUUUAAUAGUAAACAAUUUGAUUUUCAAUCAUUUGAAACUGCAAUCUAUUGUUUUGAAAAUUAUAAUAAUUCAAGAAAAUAUUUAAAACCAUUUUCAAUAAAAACUUUAUACUUUAAUUCAAUUAAAGAAUGUAAUUUAGAUCAAUUGAAAACUAUUGAAUCAUUAUAUAUCGAUCCAUUUGAUUUAUUUAGUGAUCAACGUUCAUAUAAAUGCAUACCCCUACCAACUUCAAAAGAUGAUUUAAUUAAAUUAAUCAAUUAUUUCAGUGAUAGUAAUUUCAAAGCAUUUAGUAAAGAUUCAUUAGUUUCAUUCUUUUCUCAAGUAUUUAAAACUGGUUUAGUAUCACCAUCAGAGAUUAAAAUUAAAAUUCCAACUACUAUUACAUUACCAAAUGAUAUUUUAUUAGAUGCAUUAUUUGAUUUAGAUUUAAAGUUUUUAGAAUUAUUAUUGGUCAGUUUAGAUGGAUUUGAAUUUGAACAAGAAGAGUAUGAAAGACUUGAUUCAGUUGAAAAGAAUUUAUUUAGUAAAGAAUUAAAUCUUUUCCAUAAUGAUAUAGAAUUAAUUGAUUUCGAUGAAUUAUAUAGAUUAAUUGAAUUUAUUAUAAAUAAAUUUUUAAAAACUGGUAGUAAACGUGGUAGACGUAGUGAAUCAGCUUGCGAAAUUAUGAAUUAUCUUUAUCAAAUGUUACUUCAAAGAGAACUAGUUACACCAAAACAAGUUAUAAAAGUUAAUCAAUUACUUCAAUCACAUUCAGUACCAAUUAAACAUUCAUUAUUCAAUGCUUUCUAUUAUCUUCAAAUUAGAUCAGCAAAAUUCACAAAGUAUAUUUUAUCAAGACCUGGUUUCGAUAGUUUUUUCGAAAUUAAUUAUGAAGAGUCAUAUAGUUGUUCAAUUGAUUAUUCUGAAGGUGUGAAUCAUUUAGGCCAACAUGGAUUUGAUUUGGCAAUUUAUUUAGAUUUCGAUUGUUUUACAUUUGAUUAUGUAUUAGGUACCAAUGAAAAUGGUGAUUAUAAUACACCAUUCGAUCAAGUACUCUAUCAAUUGGUUUAUCAACUUUCUCAUAGUAUAAUUAAUGAAAUUGAUAUCAUCGAUGAUUUCACUUCAUUAUCAAUGAAUGCAGAUUUAGAAUAUUGUUUAGAUAUUAGAAGAGUGGAUUUAUUUUUCAAACAAUUGGAAUUUAUUAAUAAACAAAUUCAACAAACCAAUCUUGAUGGUUAUGAAUAUCAAGACGAGAAUCCAACAUUUCCAAUUCAAGAAAGUAUUUUAAAUUCACCUUCAGAUAAUUUAUUGCCAACUAGUGAAUUAUUUUUAAAUAGAGAACAACCACCAAUACCACCAAUACCACAAUCUAAAACUUUUAAUUCAGAAAUACCAUUUCCAUUGGCUAGACACUAUAAUACACUUAAAAUUUCAAAUUCAGUAUUGGAUUUAGCAUUGAUUAUAAUGGAUGUCGAUGAAAUUCAAAAAUUAAUCGAAUGGAAUUGGUAUAGAACUGAUUUCCUUUUCUCAAUCUUUUCAAAAUCAAUGUUUUGGAGUAAAUUCGAUGUCUCCCAACAUUUGUUUACCAACUAUAAAAUUCAAAUCCUUUCAUUACCACAACAUUCAAUGACAUCUCAUUAUAGUUAUCUAUUGGAAUUCAAUUAUUUAAUUAAUAAUCAUUUUGAAAGAGUUAAAAAUCCAAAUCUAUUUAAAAUUGAUACAUUAAAAUCCGAUAGUUUAAAUUUUCCAACUGUUCUUAGCGCAUAUUUAGUCGACUAUCUAUCAAGAUGUGAUAUUGGCGAAUAUGAAAAAUUCAUGGAUAUUAAAACUAGAGAAGAGCUUUUAAAUAUUUUAAUUUUUAUAAUUUAUGCAGAGUAUUGCAUAAAUAUGGAAUUAGAUACCGAUACCAAUUUAUCAUUGGACAGAAAAAAAUUACUUUUUCCACUCAUUGAAUCUAAAGAAUGUCAAGAAAUUAUUCAAAGAGCUUAUGAUAAAUUUAAAAUUAAAAAUGAUGAAACUAUAAUCAGUCAAACUGAACAACAAAUUAAAGAUUACUCAACUCAAGUUGAUAACAUGUUUACUCUUGGUUUCAUCAAUGGUGAUAUCAUCAUUUGUCAACUUAUACUCAAACAUUAUCCAAAUCUUUUCAAAAUCACCCAAUAUGCUUUGGCAAUGGCAAUAAAAGCUGAUAGAAUUCAUAUUAUCAAGUUUUAUUAUCAUAACAACAAUGAUAAUUUAAUUAUGAAUUUAAAAGAUGAUCAAUCAUUAGUAGAUUAUUUAAAAUCUGAACUUUUAAAUCAUCAAGAUUAUAAAUUUGAUAUUAAUUGGUUAAAUUAA